GCAUAUUCGUUUGGAAAGCUGCAUUACAAGCUGAACUGACGUCUGUCGCAUAUCGAUUCUUCGAUUUUUUGUGCUGUAAAAGUUUUUAAAGAAACCCUAUCAAAAUGCGUGAAUGUAUCUCAGUCCACGUUGGUCAAGCCGGAGUCCAGAUUGGUAACGCCUGCUGGGAGUUGUACUGUUUGGAACAUGGAAUCCAACCCGACGGUCAGAUGCCGUCCGACAAAACCGUCGGCGGUGGAGACGACAGUUUCAACACCUUCUUCAGCGAAACCGGCGCCGGCAAGCACGUACCCAGGGCCGUAUUCGUCGAUUUGGAGCCCACUGUAGUCGAUGAAGUAAGAACCGGAACCUACAGACAAUUGUUCCACCCCGAGCAAUUGAUCACCGGCAAAGAAGACGCCGCCAACAACUACGCCAGAGGCCACUACACCAUUGGCAAGGAAAUCGUCGACUUGGUUUUGGACAGGAUUCGUAAAUUGGCUGAUCAAUGUACCGGAUUGCAAGGUUUCUUGAUCUUCCACUCGUUCGGCGGUGGUACCGGUUCCGGUUUCACCUCUUUGUUGAUGGAACGUCUCUCAGUCGAUUACGGAAAGAAAUCUAAAUUGGAAUUCGCUAUCUACCCGGCCCCGCAAGUAUCUACCGCCGUUGUGGAACCCUACAACUCUAUUCUGACCACGCACACCACCCUCGAGCACUCCGACUGCGCCUUCAUGGUCGACAAUGAAGCCAUCUACGACAUCUGCAGACGUAACUUGGACAUCGAGCGCCCGACCUACACCAACUUGAACAGGCUCAUCGGUCAAAUCGUAUCGUCCAUCACCGCUUCUUUGAGGUUCGACGGCGCCCUGAACGUUGACUUGACAGAAUUCCAAACUAACUUGGUACCUUACCCUCGUAUCCACUUCCCUCUAGUCACCUACGCUCCGGUCAUCUCCGCCGAAAAGGCCUACCAUGAACAACUCUCUGUGGCUGAAAUUACCAACGCCUGCUUCGAGCCCGCCAACCAGAUGGUGAAAUGCGACCCCAGACACGGAAAGUACAUGGCUUGUUGUAUGUUGUACAGAGGCGACGUUGUACCGAAGGAUGUGAACGCUGCUAUUGCUACCAUCAAGACCAAGCGUACCAUCCAAUUCGUAGAUUGGUGUCCGACUGGUUUCAAAGUUGGUAUCAACUACCAGCCACCCACCGUGGUUCCUGGUGGUGACUUGGCCAAGGUACAACGUGCCGUGUGCAUGUUGUCCAACACCACGGCCAUCGCCGAGGCUUGGGCUAGACUCGACCACAAGUUUGAUCUGAUGUACGCCAAGAGAGCCUUCGUCCACUGGUACGUAGGUGAAGGUAUGGAGGAAGGUGAAUUCUCCGAGGCCCGUGAAGAUUUGGCCGCCCUCGAGAAGGAUUACGAAGAAGUUGGCAUGGACUCCGGAGAAGGAGAGGGCGAAGGAGCCGAAGAAUAUUAGACACAUUCGACGAUGAUCCAUUCAAAAUUUUUAUACUUUCGCUUUUUUCUUUUUUGAAUCGACAUUUCAAGUCUGAUUAAUUUAAAUACAGAUUUUUUUUACAAGCA